UAUGAAGGUCAGUUAGAUCUAUGCCAAAAUCCAAGAGGAAGAUUGGAAAGCCCUACUCGGUGUGAUCUAUGUGAGUACAGAUGUAAAACGUCAAGUCAUUUGAAAAGCCAUGAACGAACACACUCUGGAUUAAAGCCCUUUCCCUGUGAGUAUUGUGAUUACUCUGCAGCUUUUGCUGGUCAUCUCAGGAUGCAUAUUCGUAGAAUACACACUGGUGAGCGUCCAUUUCAGUGUCAAGACUGUGAGGUGGCAACCUUCACAAAAUGUGAAUUAACUAAUCACUAUCGACUCAAACACUCUGGUGAACGUCCUUUUGCUUGCAAAUUGUGUAGUUUUAAAACUGUUGCCAAAAGUGGACUUAUUCAGCACAUGUUAGUUCAUGCUGAAAGAAAUCAUGCAUGUGACGAGUGUGAUUAUAAGUCGAACUCAAAGUCUACUUUAGCAAAGCACAUGUUAACACAUGGUGAGCGAACUUUAAUUGAGUGUAGUAAGUGCGAUCACAAAGCCAAAAAUGCUCGUCUUUUGAAAAGCCAUGAAUUAACUCACGGAAAACGUACCCGUAACCUGGUCUGCUGUUUUUGCAAGUAUAGGACUCAUUUGAGAAAAUAUCUAGAAAAUCAUAUAAGACAGAUUCACACAGAUGAAAGGCCCUACAAAUGUGACCUAUGUAGUUAUGCUGCCAAGCAAUCUAACACCCUCACACGACAUCGUGCUACUCAUUUUGAUGACCGUCCUUUUGUGUGCACGGAAUGUGAUUAUGCAUCAAAGACAAAGAAGUGUUUGACAAUGCACAUGCUCACACAUACAAAUGAAAAGCCGCAUCAGUGUGACCAAUGCGAUUUCGCAACAGCACAAUUAGGUAAUCUAACAGCUCAUAUCAGGGCUGUACACACCAGAGAAAAGCCAUUUAAAUGUGAUUUUUGUGACCAAAGAUUUACAGAGAAGUCGUACCUUAAAAAGCAUAGAAGAACUCACACAGGUGAAAAACCAUAUAGCUGUACUAUGUGUGACUAUGCUGCUACACAAAAGGGAGCCCUAGACAGCCAUUUCCGUGCAAAGCACACCAACGAAAAGCCUUUCACCUGUUCCAAAUGUGAUUAUAAGGCAGCAAGUCAAAGCUCAAUUGCAACACACAUGCGGUUUCACACUCAAAAGCGAGAGUAUAAAUGUGACAAAUGUGACUUGGCCUUUAAUACAUCCUCUAACCUUAUCGCACAUGCAGUGGUUCAUUCUGAAACACAGCCCCACGAAUGUUCUUCCUGUGAUUUUAAAACUGCUCACAAACGUGUUCUUCGUCGUCAUAUGAUGAUCCAUACAGGAGAAACCCCUUACUGUUGCGAUUUAUGUGAUUUCAAGGCUAACAGAUCGGAUAAGAUUGGUGCCCACAUCAAGAAAGUACACUCAAAAUAAUCAACUAAUCAAGGUCAAGUACAAAGAUCCCAUGUUUUAGUAUGAUUUUUCUUUGCAAGUUCCAGCCUAGCCUCAAUAUUACGGCUGGUGUAAUUAGUAGAUGAGGUUUGAAGAUCAAUUAGCUAAAUUUGAAAUAAUAAACUACUAGCUAACAGUUUAUAUAAUAAACAUUUUAGUGAUUUUUAGGGGUUUCUUUUACAUUAUUAAACUGCACAACAAUAAUAUAAUGGAUGUGGGCCCCACAAUGUGGCUCAUUGUUAAAGGCAAUUGGCAAUUUGAGUUUCAUGUUUUGUUCAAAUUUUCAGCGAAUUGACCUAAAAUUGCACGAAAACAUAUUAGUAUUUUAUAACAGCCCUAAUCUCACCACUUUUAUAUUUAACUUGAUUGAACAUAAUGUUUUGUAUUUAAUUUGUUACCAUAUUAAUAUUAUGUUAUUGUAACUAUGUUUGACUUGUGUGCAGGUUUGG